AUGGCCUCUUCACAAACCAAGAGAAUAGUAUUUACGGGUGGUUCUGGAGUCGCAGGACGCCAUGUAAUUGAAAAGCUGCUUACCUUCGGCCACGAGAUACUCAACGUGGAUGCAACGCCUCUGGACAACCCCAAUGUACACACUCUAAAGGCCGAUCUCACAGAUGGGGCGCAAGCCUUCAACAGUCUGUCUUGCCACUUCAAGAUUAGUGAACCCUUUAUGGAGCCAGUCAAGACGCCAGAUGCAGUCGUACAUUUUGCUGGCAUCCCCCAACCCAUGCGCCUCCCCGACAACGAAACUUACCGCAUCAACACCCUAAGCUCCUACAAUGUCAUCGAGGCAGCAUGCAAACUCGGCGUCAAGAAGAUCAUCCUCGCAUCCAGCAUAACCACCUACGGGAUCACCUACGCCGAAGGCAACGUCUCCUACCCGCACUUUCCCCUCACAGAAAUCAGUCCCACAAGCCCCAUGGACGUCUACGCCACCAGUAAAGUCUGCAUGGAAACCACGGCCGCCUCCUUCGCCCGCCGCUUUCCCAGCGUAGACAUCUACUGCCUGCGCAUCUCCGCAGUUAUAGAACCUGAAAACCACGCCAAGAAGUUCUCGGCGUAUUUGACUCGGCCUCGGGAUUUCAAGGUGCAUGCGUGGAGUUAUACCGAUGCGCGCGAUUUGGGGAACAUGGUGCAGUGUUGUUUGAAGACGGAUGGGUUGGGGUUCCAGAUUUUUAAUGCGGUUAAUGAUGAGAUUACGGUGCCGGAGGAAGAAGGGAGCAGUGAGGAAUGGCUGAGGAAGGCUUGUCCUGAGACGGAAGUGUUGGGCGGUUUGAGGGGGAGGGGGAGUCCGGUUUGUAAUGCGAAGAUGAAGGAGUUGUUGGGGUUUAGGGAGGAGUUUGCGUGGCGGAAGGUUUUGGGUAGAAAAGUAUAA